AGCACUGUGGAGGUGUGAUCACACAAGGGAGACUCUCUCCUCUCUGCAGGACCUGAGAAAAAGAACUCAGCGCUGCUGUCUGGCACAACGAGGGUGUUUAACUCUGAAAGUCAAGAUGCCAGAAACAGCAGAGGCUGUGUCAGCCACUCUCACCACCAACAGAAACUGCACCAUUGAAAUAACCAAUGUCAGCGGUAGUUACUGCCUCAUCAACCCCAAGGUUUACGUGUCAAGCGGCUUCUGUCACCAUCCACCUCAGCCCACGAUUCGUACCACCAAGACGGAAGUGUGCUCCUUCACCAAGGAUGGCAACACUGCCACGGGCUCUGUUGGCCUUCUGACCUAUGACCUGUUCCAUAUGCAGAGCCGGGUUUGUUCUGAACGCAUGGCCAUCAUGUUCUCCGUGCCCUUUGACCAUAACCUGUACAAGAACCGGCUGGCCGUGGGUUUGGUUGAGACUUCCCGUGCCUGCAACAAACAUCUGUACGACCAGCUGUAUGAUGGGAAAGAUCUCAGUAACUUCACCCGCUCCGAGUCAAACGGCACCGGGCUACAGUAUCGAGGGACAUAUGUUGAUUUGAGGGCCACGAUGUCUUCAGUCGGCAAAGCCAUCGUUAAAGUGGAGCUCUAUGAUAAAAUGGGUCGUUAGUGUGCAGUCUACUAAUGUUCUGCUCCUCUGUACUUUGUUGUUUUUGUACCCACAGAAUGAAUAAACUUCAUUUGAUCUGACAACUGUUGUCAUCCUGAAAAACAUUGUGGAGAGGAAGACUGAUUUUGCUGUCAUCUGUAUUUUGUGUCUGCUGAAAGAUAUCAAUAUCUGACAGCCAGCUCAUUGAUUCCCCAUUAGCUUAUUUCUUGGGCUCAUGUUCGUUGUACACUCCCUUUUCUUUGAUUAUGGUAAUAAAACAUUCAGACCCAA